AUGAAUAAUUGCAAAUUACAAGAUUCCACUAUAUCGGAUAAAACUGAAAUUUCUGGUUCUGUUUCUGGCACUAAGAGAAAAUGUUUCGAUAUAUUUUUCAGUUGCUUUAAAGUUGCUCGUGAGAAGAAGUCCCAAGAAAGCUUCUUUAAUAAUGAAUCCAAGGAAUAUGAUUACAUUGUUGAAAAGCUCGUUGUAAAACGAAUACCUUUUAUUUCUUUUGGAUUAUCAGAAAAUAUUUCGGAGUCUACAAAUGAUGAUAACCUUAACAAAGAAACUCACGGUCCGUUAGUAACAGCAGAAGGAAACACUGUAUUCCCUAGAGAAUCAGAAACCCGGUCACUAUUAUAUUAUUCUGAUAAAUUACAUCAGAAUACACCUAUAAAAAUUCCUAAUACAUAUUUAUACCUUGAUACAAAUACAAAUGCAUUAAGUGAGAGGAACAGAACAAAUGUUUUAACUGAUGAUUACAGUGCUAAAAUUAAAGAGAUAAUGAAUACUAUGAGCAGUUUACAUCCAGACUUAAAAGAAUAUGAAAGACUACCCAAAGAUCCUUGUCCUUUUAACAUAUCUGAGAACAAAGCAAUACUUAACUCAACUUUAUUGAAUACAAGGGAUUAUAAUCAAGAACAUUUAAAAUUACCACUUAAUAAUGAAUUGCAAUGUCAUUGGGAAAAACCCGUAGUAAAAUCCAAAAGUCUAGCUGAAAAUUCUGCAAACACUGACCUAAGAAGUAUAACAUUAAGAUGGAAAAUUGUUGUAAAGCAAUGUGAACCUAAAAUGUUAUAA